GGAAGUACAGAGCGUUGUUACAACACGGAUUAAUAAAGUAUGUUGAAAAAAAAAAAAAAAGACGUCCUAAAAGAAUUCUGGGAUGAUGGCGGCGCCCACGGUCUGAGCUAAUCUCUUCAACGGGAAGCAAAAUUAAAGACUCAAAAGAAACCACUAAAAAUAGAUUCCUGUGUACUGGCACUUCUAAAUUCUAAAGGAGGCGCUGUGCCAAAGGAAACAUGGAAGAGGAUGCAUCUCUUCAUAGACUGGAAGGCAGCGAUCCUUCUGACCAAGAGGGAGGGUUAGUGGUGAAGAAGUGUUCAAGUGCUGAGCAGCAUGUAUUUAAAGCACCAGCUCCUCGCUCCUCGUUACUGGGCUUGGAUCUGUUGGCUGCACAGAAAAGAAAAGAAAGAGAAGAAAAGGAGAAACAAGAAGGAGACAAAAAGGCUAAAGUGGGUUCUAGAGACUGGGAGGAUAAGGACAAUCCUGAGGGGUCUGGGGAUCGGAUUAGUCGUGGAAGUCAUGGAGACAGACAUUACAGAACAGCUCGUGUGGAGACACCUACUUAUACUGGUGGAGUAAACGAGGAGUUCUUGGCACGAAACCGCCAAAGAGAACGUGAUAGAAGGGAACAUGGGGUCUAUGCCUCAUCAAAAGAUGACAGACGACGGAAGGAACGCAGCAGCCGGGACAGGGAUGAUCGUAGCCGCAGGAGCAGCAGGUCUGAGCGAGAGAGAUCAGAGCGGGAUGGUGGAUCAGAGCGUAGUUCACGGCGCAGUGAACCGGACAGUCCACGUCACAAGCCCAGAGAUUCUUCUACACCAUCUCGCUCAGGAUGGGAGGAAGAUGAAAGUGGGUAUGGAAGCUCCCAACGCUCUCAGUGGGAAUCUCCUUCUCCAUCUCCUUCAAGCAGGGACUCUGACCGUAGCUUUCGCAGUGACAGAGACAGUUCAAGAAGGGACAGGUCAGUAAGAAUCCGGUACACAGAUUCACCACUUCCCACUCCAUCAUACAAAUUCAAUGAAUGGGCUUCUGAGAGACGUUAUCUUGGAUCCACACCACGUCUCUCUCAGGGAAAAGGAAAGCAGGAAGAUGAUGAUAAUGAUAUUCGAUUCAUGUCAGAAGAUGAUCAGAGGCAAUGGGAAGAGGAUCAGAGGCAAGCAGAUCGAGACUGGUAUAUGAUGGAUGAAGGAUUUGAUGAGUCUCACAAUGCCCUGAGCUCCACCUCUGAAGACUAUGUGCGCAAGAGGGAACAACAACUGCAGAAACAGACUCACAAGAGAGUGUCUGCACAGAGAAGGCAGAUCAAUGAGGAUAAUGAGCGUUGGGAAACAAAUCGCAUGUUGACCAGUGGGGUGGUUCAGAGGCUGGAGGUAGACGAGGACUUUGAGGAGGACAAUGCUGCUAAAGUACAUCUGCUGGUCCAUAACUUGGUGCCUCCCUUUUUAGAUGGACGAAUUGUGUUUACUAAGCAGCCUGAACCAGUAAUCCCAGUUCGUGACGCAACUUCAGAUAUGGCAAUCAUCUCUCGCAAAGGCAGCCAGCUAGUGCGCAAGCACCGUGAGCAGAAAGAGAGGAAAAAGGCUCAACACAAACACUGGGAAUUGGCUGGGACAAAGCUUGGUGAUAUAAUGGGCAUAAAAAAACAGGAGGAAGAAUCUGAGAAACCAAUGAAUGAGGAUGGGGCUGUGGAUUAUAAGGCAGAACAGAAGUUUGCAGAUCACAUGCGGGAGCGUAGUGAAGCGAGUAGUGAGUUUUCCCGGAAGAAGAGUCUAAUGGAGCAACGUCAGUUCUUGCCCAUUUUUGCUGUCCAACAGGAAUUGCUUACCAUUAUCAGAGAUAACAGUAUUGUUAUAGUGGUGGGAGAAACAGGCAGCGGUAAGACUACACAGUUGACUCAAUAUCUGCACGAAGAUGGGUACACAGAUUAUGGUAUGAUAGCCUGCACACAGCCUCGUAGAGUGGCUGCCAUGUCUGUGGCAAAACGAGUGAGUGAAGAGAUGCAAGUAAGCCUGGGAGAGGAGGUUGGGUAUGCCAUUCGAUUUGAAGACUGCACAUCAGAGAAGACCCUCAUUAAAUACAUGACAGAUGGUAUUCUGCUCCGAGAAUCCCUCCGUGAGGCAGACCUUGAUCACUAUAGUGCUGUCAUCAUGGACGAGGCUCAUGAACGUUCUUUGAACACAGAUGUGCUGUUCGGGCUCCUACGUGAGGUUGUCACGCGUAGGUCUGACCUGAAGCUGAUUGUUACUUCUGCUACAAUGGAUGCAGAAAAGUUUGCCUCAUUCUUUGGGAAUGUUCCUAUUUUCCAUAUUCCUGGACGGACGUUCCCUGUCGACAUUUUAUUUAGCAAGACGCCACAAGAAGAUUAUGUGGAAGCUGCUGUAAAGCAGGCGCUGCAGAUCCAUCUAUCUGGUGCAGCUGGAGAUAUUCUAAUCUUCAUGCCUGGGCAAGAAGACAUUGAGGUAACAUCUGAUCAGAUUAUUGAGCGCCUGGGAGAGCUAGAGAGUGCCCCACCAUUGGCUGUAUUGCCAAUUUACUCACAGCUACCCUCUGAUCUUCAAGCCAAAAUCUUCCAAAAGGCACCAGAUGGUGUGAGGAAAUGCAUAGUGGCUACCAACAUCGCAGAGACAUCACUGACUGUGGAUGGCAUUAUGUUUGUUAUAGACUCCGGCUAUUGCAAACUGAAGGUGUUUAAUCCACGCAUUGGUAUGGAUGCUUUACAAAUCUAUCCUAUCAGCCAGGCCAACGCAAACCAGCGUUCUGGCAGAGCUGGAAGGACAGGCCCUGGGCAGUGCUUUAGGCUGUACACUCAGAGUGCAUAUAAAAAUGAGCUGCUGUGCACUACUGUCCCAGAAAUCCAGCGCACCAACCUGUCCAAUGUGGUCCUACUGCUAAAGUCACUUGGGGUUCAGGACCUUCUUCUUUUUCACUUCAUGGACCCACCUCCAGAGGACAACAUGCUAAACUCCAUGUACCAGUUGUGGAUUUUAGGGGCUCUUGAUAACACAGGUUCACUUACGUCCACUGGCCGUCUUAUGGUUGAGUUUCCUCUGGAUCCAGCAUUGUCAAAGAUGUUGAUCGUGUCUUGUGAUAUGGGUUGUAGUGCUGAAAUCCUUAUUGUUGUAUCCAUGCUGUCUGUGCCAGCAAUUUUCUAUAGACCAAAGGGACGUGAAGAAGAGAGCGAUCAAGUGAGGGAGAAAUUUGCUGUCCCGGAGAGUGACCACUUAACAUAUUUAAAUGUUUUUCUCCAAUGGAAAAACAACAACUAUUCUAGCGGCUGGUGCAAUCAACACUUUAUCCAUGCUAAGGCUAUGAGAAAGGUCCGUGAAGUCCGUGCACAGUUGAAGGACAUAAUGGUGGCUCAGCGCAUGUCCUUAUCAUCAUGCGGCUCUGACUGGGAUGUGGUUCGUAAAUGCAUCUGUGCAGCUUACUUUCAUCAAGCCGCCAGGCUAAAGGGAAUCGGUGAAUACGUUAAUGUACGGACAGGAAUGCCUUGUCACUUGCACCCAACCAGCUCCCUCUUUGGAAUGGGGUACACCCCAGAUUAUAUAGUUUACCAUGAGCUUGUGAUGACAACCAAGGAAUACAUGCAGUGUGUUACAGCAGUAGAUGGCGAGUGGUUGGCAGAACUAGGUCCUAUGUUCUACAGCAUAAAACAUGCUGGAAAGUCAAGACAGGAAAAUAGGCGCAGGGCAAAGGAAGAGGUGUCUGCAAUGGAGGAGGAGAUGAUGAUGGCUGAAGAACAACUGCGAUCAAGGAGAGAAGAGCAGGACAGGAAAAGCACGUUGAGCAGCUCAAGGUCUUCAAAAAUUUACACCCCAGGGAGGAAGGAACAAAUGGAACCAGGAACCCCUCGACGAACUCCUGCGCGAUUUGGCUUGUGAACCUAUUUCUGUAUUUAAUUGUCCACCAAAAUCAACUUGUUUCACUGCUUGAGAACAAAUCUCCCCUCUAGUAUAUUGGGACUUGUGGGAAUACAGUUUCCUUUGUUGAGUCAGGGGACGUGAUCUACCAUUUUAUUGUAAAGUGGAAUAUUGUUAUUUUUAAGCAAUAAUGUAUCUUUUGAUGGC